GCAAUCGACGUCACUCUUCCCAAGUAGGAAGUGGAGGGUCUGUGUUUUGGAACUUUCGUUGUUGUUCUUUUUACCCUUCAGUUUCCAAUUAAAAAUAUCGAUGAUUUAUUUAGUACAAUGAAAGUUCGGCCGCGUCGCACAUGGACAACCGUGCUGCAGUUAAUCGUGAUUUCAGGGCUGGUCGUGGAGGCCAUAGAGCCCGUGUCCACCUCGCUGCUGCUGGGGACAGGAGCUGCAGUGCUGGGCACAGUGGGCAGGAAACUCUAUCACUAUUUAUAUGAAACAUGUGAUGAAAACUGGCUCAACUUUAAUGCAGCAGGACUGAAGCAUGACCUCGACACGAAGCUGUACGGACAGCAUGUCGCGGCUCAAGUCAUCCUGAAAGCCGUCACAGGCUUCAUGAACAACAAAAACCCAAAGAAACCGCUGGUUCUGUCCCUCCACGGCUCAACUGGGACUGGGAAGACCUUUGUGAGCCAACUUAUAGCAGAAAAUAUUUACAAUCAAGGGAUAAAGAGCAACUUUGUUCAUCUGUUUACAGCGACAGCACACUUUCCUCACGAGGCUCACAUUGACAAGUACAAGACACACUUACAGGAGUGGAUACGAGGGAAUGUUUCUAUCUGUCCUCGUUCGAUGUUCAUCUUUGAUGAAAUGGAUAAAAUGCAUCCCGGGCUGAUGGACAGUAUUAAACCUUACCUGGACUUCACAGACAACCUCGACGGAGUCUCUUAUAGACAGGCCAUCUUCAUCUUCCUCAGCAAUGCUGGGGGUGAGAUGAUCAAUGAGGUGACUGUGAAAUUCUGGAGGGAUGGUAAAGAACGAGAGGAGAUCCAGCUGAGGGAUCUAGAGACAGAACUUUCACAGUCUGUCUUCAGCAACGAAGGCAGUGGUUUAAGGAACAGUAUUUUAAUUGAUAAGAAACUGGUGGAUUUCUUCGUGCCGUUUCUUCCUCUGGAGUACAAGCAUGUCAUUCAGUGUGGUUUGGCUGAGAUGGCCAGUCAGGGUUUCACCCCAACAAACAUUGUGAUUAAAAGAAUGGCUGAUGACCUAAUCUUCUUCCCUAAAGACGAACGUGUCUUCUCGGUCCAGGGCUGUAAGCUCAUUGCCAACAAAUUGCACUUCUAUAUAUAACACCAGUGUUGGGGAAAGUUCCUUGUAAAAGUAAUGCACUACAAUACUGUGUUACUCUCUUAAAAAGUAAUUAAUUACAUUAGUUACUUUUUAUGGAAAGUAAUGCAUUACUUUUUAAGUAUGAGCAGGGCUUGAUUUGUUUUUAAUAUCAGAAGUUCUAUUUAUAGCAAAUGUAAAAGCCCUUUCACACCAAAAAUACUAAUGAAUAAACCUCAGGCUGAAGGAAAAGUCAAUUCACAUCUGUAGAGUAGAACACAGGAGAAGAAGGUUCAACACUCUUCAGUAAUAAAACAACAAUGAAACACAAUUAUUAGUUUAUAUGAAGUAAUCAAAGUAAUUUUUGCUUAUUAGUAUGGUUGAACCGGAUCAUCAAAUGUCAGCAGCAAUGACAUUAUUUAAUAAAAUGGGAUUUGAUA